AUGGCAUCUGCUGUUACUCAAACCGCACCUACGGCGGUACCCACAGUCGAGGACAAGAUCACACUGACAGGUCUCGCACGUGAGCCUCUCAAGUCAAAUGGAACUCUUGAUGCUUUCGAGUCUUUCGACGUUACUCCAGUCAUCGGACGCGAAUUCCCCAAUGCCAACUUGAAGGACUUCUUGCGCGCCCCCAACUCCGAUGAUCUGCUUAGGGAACUUGCUUUAACCAUUUCGCAACGCGGAGUCGUCUUCUUCCGCAAGCAGGAUAGUCUAGACAAUGACCUGCAAAAGGAGCUUGUCCAACGACUGGGCGAACUCUCCGGCAAGCCAAGCACAUCUGGACUGCACAUCCACCCGAUAGCAAACUCAUCCCGGGAGCACGCCGUCAAGGAUGACGAGAUUAGUGUGAUCAGUUCUGCCAGCCUCGGAAAGCUAUACAAGGACAGAACCGUGCGAAAGCAAAGUGCGCGCAGGGAGUGGCAUAGUGAUAUCACCUUUGAACCGAUUCCUAGCGAUUACACCCUCUUGCGCCUCACAGAGCUCCCCGAAUCUGGUGGUGACACCUUGUGGGCCUCGGGCUAUGAAGUUUACGAUCGUCUCUCCCCACCUUACCAGAAGUUCUUGGAAAGCUUGACCGCAACAUAUGCGCAGCCCGGCUUCAACGAGGUUGCCAAGCGCAACGACUUCUCAGUCCACCCUGGCCCUCGUGGCGCGCCGGAGAAUGUUGGAGAUGAGCUCCGAGCUGAGCACCCUGUCAUCCGUACUAACCCCGUCACCGGCUGGAAGAGUGUCUUCGCUGUUGGCACCCACGUGCAGAGGGUCAACGGUGUUACCGAUGAGGAGAGCCGUCAUCUUCUUGACUGGUUCGUAACACUCAUUGUCGAGAACCACGACCUGCAAGUGCGCAAUCGCUGGCAGAACCCUAACGAUCUUGCUAUCUGGGAUAACCGAUCUGUGUACCACGCAGCGACUUAUGAUUACGAGGGGCUUGGCCCCCGCACUGGACACCGUGCUGUCGGCCUUGGAGAGAGACCUUAUCUGGAUCCCAAGAGCAUCGGAAGACGGGAAGCGCUCGCUAAGGCCGCAUAG